AUGCCGUCCGAUACAACUUCCGAUGUUAAUCUUUUUUUUGAAGCAGCCAAAGCACCAUCGAUGUCAUAUACGUCGUCAUGUUCUUUUCGCAUGGGUACACCAAUUGAUAACUGUAUAAUGAAUCCAUCUUUGGUCCAAUCAACUUCGGUCUCGAGUUUAUUACAAGAUUUUUCAGGUGAAGCAGAAAUAUUAUUUCAUCCAUUAGCUAUAUCAACACCAGCUAAUCUAGUCGAAUAUGAUGCGUCACAAAUGCUAGGAGUAGCCGAAUAUGACAGUCGUAUUUCUACAAAUCACCUAAUCAACAUUUUGAAUUCAACAACAAACAAUCAACAAAAUUUACUUAGUUUUACUACAGAUCAAUCGAUGAAUAUUUCGACAGGUGGAAUUGAAUCUAAUGAUCUACUCACGACAAUGCAAUCGAUCUUACAAGAAAAAUUAAAUACAAGCAAACGAAUUAAAAUAAUUCGAGAUGAAAGUUUUGUUGAUGAAGAUUGUGAUAGAUUCAAUCGUAUAAAUUUUUUUCUGAAAAAUAUUGCGACAUCUAUGACUUGUAUGAAUAUAUUCAUGUCCAUUGGAACAACGUAUCCAUUAGUUCAAUUAGAUGCAAAAGCGGCUACACCAAAAACUCAAUAUCUUUGCAUUGCCGAUACAUCGAAAACAUCCAAUGAAAACUUGAUUUCAAUACAUCUUUGUUUUCAAAAUAAAGUAAAUUUUAAACACAAAUUUCUUAAUCAUCUUUUUCCAGAUUUAAAAAAAUCAGAUUAUUUGUCUUUACUAAAUGGUGAUCCAUUCAAUGCUGAAAUUAAAUUAUUAUCAAAAGGAAAAUAUAUUGAAUCAUCAAUAUAUUCAGCUAAAAAAGAAUCAUCAAUAUAUUCACCUAAAAAAGAAAAGUUUGCGUCGAACAAAGAUUAUCAUGUAAAGCAAGAGGAGGUUGCUGAUGCUGCAUUUCGACAAGAAUCUUUCGCUAGCGCUGUUGCAAUAGUGAAAAAUAAUCUUAAAUUCGAAUAUUUAGUACGAGGUAAACCAAUUAGAGACAAUAUUGAAUAUGAACUACAAAUGAAGAAAAAGCAGAAAACAAUGGAAUAUAAACCAUUUUAUGAUUCAACAACAUUUAAAAUUCCCGAAGAACACGCAGCGAUAAUAGACGAUUGGCUAACUAAUGAUUUUCGAAAGCGUAUUAAUAAUGAAAUUGCUCGAUCAAGAUCUUUAUUCUUGACUGGACCAACUAAACACGGUAUCUAG